AUCCUUAUCUUCUCGCUAGGGGAGGAUUGUGGUGGAAGGUGGCCCCGUGUCCGUUCAAUGCGGCGAACAUUCGUCCAAGCUCUGCAUCCACGGUGCCGGUUGCGACGACAGUGGCAAGUACCUCGUGGUGGUCGAGAAUCGCUGUGGCUGCGACUGUGACUACGCCUCCGUAAAAGUUGAAGGUCCUCCUGAUCCCCCCGUGAUGGAACCCCGUGCUGUGGCCAAAUCCAGCACUUCCGUCGAAGUCACGUGGUCUGGAUCGCCGUUCGACGGCGGCUGCCAGAUCCUUCGUUACCUAGUCGACAUGGCGGAGGUUGAUGGCGGGCCACGAACAUGGACGAGGGUUUCUUCGGAGCUAAGCACCUCGUGUGUGGUGACCGGGUUAACCCCCGGGAUCAGCUACACCUUCGUCGUGCGGGCCGAAAACGUGCGGGGCAUCGGUGACCCCACUGCUGAAUCCAACGUAGUCACGCUUCCCGUAGACGACUGCGACGACAUGGAAGACAGUGAUUCGGAGGAACCAGUAGCACCAGCGGAAGCUCCAGUAAGCGUUCAACAAGGAUCUAAGUUUCAAGAUCUCUACGAUCUUCACGAGGAAGUGGGCAAAGGUCGCUUUGGAACCGUGUACCGGUGCAUCAGGAAAUCCGACAACAGCGAAGCCGCCGCGAAAGUUGUGUCCUGCAUUCGCAUUGUGCAAAGGGACAAAGUGCUGGAUGAGAUCGCUGUCAUGAACCUCCUUCGAGGGCAUCCGAAACUUCUCAAUCUUCAGGCAGCUUUCGAAAGAACUUCCGAAAAACCUCGCCAGAUGGUUCUCGUCACGGAAUUCGUGUCCGGCGGAGAGCUCUUCGAGCGAGUUAUCGCUGACGACUUUGUUCUAACGGAGAGGGACUGCGUCUUGUUUGUGCGUCAGAUUUGCUCCGGAGUGGCGUAUAUGCACCAGAAGCGGGUUGUCCACCUGGACCUGAAACCGGAAAACAUUCUCUGUCAGGGAAAAAAUAGUCAUAAGAUAAAGCUGAUCGAUUUUGGACUAGCACAAAAAUAUGAUCCGGAAGGAGACCUGAAAGUCCUGUUCGGCACUCCCGAAUUCGUUGCGCCGGAAGUCGUGAACUACGAACGCAUCAGUCCUGCGACUGACAUGUGGAGCGUUGGUGUCAUUUGCUACGUUCUCCUGUCUGGGCUGUCGCCAUUUAUGGGAGACACGGACGCGGAAACCUACAGCAAUAUCAUCAAGGUGGACUACGAUUUCGACGACGAGGUCUUUGAGAAAAUUUCGGACACGGCGAAAGACUUCAUUCAGAAACUGCUGAUCAAAAAUCCACAGAAACGGCUCAGUGCUCAACACUGUCUGGAGCAUGAAUGGUUGAAGAAGGUGCCCCGGAGAACAUCUUUCUCGCUCCCUAAAGAGAAGUUGAAGAAAUUUGUGAUCAGGAGGAAAUGGCUGAAAACCGGCAACGCCAUCAUGGCCUUGGGUCGCAUGGUAAACCUGACGAGCAUCAGUUCGUCACCCACAAAACAAGAUGAUCCUCAGCUUCUGGAACGGCCUGCCCCAAACGGAUCCUAAGAUUGUCGGGAUGAUCCCCGUCAAAGAGUCACAAACGUCCCCUUCGGCUAGCUGCGAGUUAACGCCCAGGCAUAGCAGCAAAUGAACGUUGCAUUUAUUAACAUGUUUCACGAGUUUCUGUUCUAAAGGACCAUGUAAAAUAGCCUCACCUCCCUGCCCUAAUGUCUGACGAAGACAACCUGAUGUACAUAUCAUUCCUCUUUUAUUUAUGUCCUUCGGAAUCUUGCGUUGAGAGGCCAAAUGCGUUCUCAGCUGCCUAAACGGAGUGAAAUAAACGAAUACAUAUAGGAUAUAUUAAGAAGUUGUACAUAAAGGGUAUACAUAAGAAAGAUCUACACCUGUCAGCCAUUUCUGCCCUGAUACGUUGUGCUUGUUUUAUGUAUGUUACAAAAUCACUUGUUCCUGUACAUUGUAAGUCGUGCUACAUGUAACGCCACGCGUAAUUAUUGAGUCCAUUUUCAUUUAUGGUGUUUCAUUUUUAAUGUAACCGCAUUAUAAGAGGGUCGACACAAAUUGAGUCGUGAAUGACCAAUCGCAUUUGCAAGUGAGAGGCAUGGUGGUGUUGGGGAUAGAUGUAUUUAUUAUUUUCUAUUCGCUUGUGUGCUCCCAUGCUAGUAGUAAAGACUGUCAUGACCUUU